AUGAAGCUCCAGAAGCUGCUCGUCGGCGCCGUGGCGCUUCUUACACCCAUGGUCGCCGCGUCCGACGCUGGCGCCGAGACUGCUGAGACCUUCCGGUACGAGAGCGACAUUUCGCGUCUGCGCACGCUUGUGAUCCACUCGCUCUACUCGCACAAGGACGUGUUCCUGCGUGAACUCCUGUCCAACGCCAACGACGCGCUGGAGAAGCUCCGCCUCACGUCGCUCACUGAGCGUGGCGUCAUGUCCGCCGGCGAGCCCAAUGUGACCAUUUCAGUUGACCUGGACGAAGGCGGCGAGACGGGCAAGAUUAUCAUUCGCGAUACAGGUAUCGGCAUGAACAAGACCGAGCUUGCCCGCAACCUCGGCACGAUUGCGCGCUCGGGCACCAACGAGUUCCUGCGCAAGGCCGAGGAAGGCGGCGGCGCUGAUGGCAACCUCAUCGGCCAGUUUGGUCUUGGCUUCUACUCUUGUUUCCUGGUCUCCCCUACUGCGCACGUCUCUUCGCUCCCUCCCGCGACCGAGGCGAACCCCAACCCCGAGCAGUACACGUUCAUCUCCUCGGCUUCCGGCGACACCUUUGAGGUCGUGCGUGACCCGCGUGGCAACACCCUGGGCCGCGGUACCGAGAUCAUCCUCAACAUUGACAAGGACAACAUGGAGUUUUUGAGCACGUCCAACCUCAAGGCCCUCAUUGACAAGCACUCUACGUUCUCGACCACGUUCCCAAUCUACAUCCGCGAGCGCAAGCAGGUUGACAACCCGGACCGUGAGCCCGAGGACGAGCUCGAGUACGAGCACGUCUGGACCCACGUCAACGACAAGGCCCCCAUCUGGAUGCGCGAGCCGACCGAGGUUCCCGACGAAGACUAUGUCGACUUUUACCGCGCCGUCUCAAAGGACGCCACGGCCGACCCCCUGGGCUGGUCCCACUUCAAGGGCGACACUGCCUCGGGCGUGUCGUACCGUGCCCUCAUGUACAUUCCCGCCUCGCUCCCCAAGGACUUCUGGAACAGUAUCCAGAGCGGCGCCAACAAUGUCCGUCUCAUGGUCAAGCGCGUGUUCAUCACCGACGACCUCGGUGUCGAGUACAUGCCCCGCUGGCUCAGCUUCCUCAAGGUGACCGUCGACGCUGAUGACCUCCCUCUCAACGUUUCCCGCGAGACACUGCAGAACCACCGUUUCCUCAAGCAGCUGCAAAAGAUUCUCAUCCGCAAGGCCAUUGACCUCUUCACCCGCCUCGCCGAGAACAAGCCCGACGAGUACAGGGAGGUUGCCAAGCUCUAUGGCAAUGCCCUGCGUAUUGGCAUGAUGGAGAGCGACAAGUUCAAGGUCAAGCUUGCCAACCUCUUGCGCUUCGAGUCGACCCGUACCAACUAUACCUCGCUCGCCGAGUAUGUCGAGAACCGCAAGGAGGGCCAGAAGCAGAUCUACUUUAUGGCCGGUGUCGGCGAGAAGACUGAGGACCUCGCCCGCUCGCCCUUUGUCGAGAAGCUCAAGGCCCGUGGCUACGAGAUUCUUCUCCUCAACCUGCCUAGCGACGAGCCCAUGAUGGGCGCUCUCAACAACUAUAUGGGCAUGAAGGUCCAGGACGUUGCCAAGAAGGGACUCCUUUACGGCGACGAGGAGGAGGACGCCGCCGAGCAGCGCGAGCUUGCCCAGCAGAAUAUUGCCUUUAAGCCCCUCAUCCAGUGGCUCGAGCGCGUCUUUAAGGGCCAGGUCAUGGAUGUCAUCCUCACCAACCGUCUCGUUACUUCCCCCUGCACCAUCGUCGUCGAGCACCACGGGUGGUCUGCCAACAUGGCCCGUAUCAUGGCGUCGCACGCUGGCGCUGAAAACGACCCCAUGUACGAGAUCCUCAAGAACAUGCCCCGCGUCCUCGAGAUCAACCCCAAGUCCCCGCUCAUUGAGGGUCUCCUCGCCCGCGUCCUCGACUUCCCCGAGGGCGAGACCGACAUGUCCGCCGACGAGGCCGAGCUCGUCGAGUCUGCCCGCGUGCUCUUUGACACGGCGCUCAUCCGCUCUGGUUUCUCUGUCGCCGACCCCGUGUCGUACUUUGAGCGCGUCGAGGCGCUGCUCAGGUACAACAUUGGCGUGUCUCUCUCGGCAAGGGUCGACGAGCACGUCCGUCCCGCCCCGCCUACGGCCAAGGAGCUGCCCGAGGAGGACGAGGAGGACGAGAACCCUUACGGCCAGCAGCAGGACCAGCAGGCGCAGGACCCCCUCGCCGGCAUGGACUUCCAGGGACUCAAGGACAUGGGUCUCGAGGUUGAGGCCCAGUUUGAGGACCAGGGAGACGACGAGUGGAUGGACUUUGCCAAGUUCAAGCAAGAGUUUGACGGCGGCCAUGACGAGCUCUAA